AUGUCAUCUAACAAUGCCAACUCUGGCUUAAUAUCCUCAAUAUCGUUAGGUGACCGAGGCAUUAUCGGGUCCCAUAUUUUGACCCAACUGUUAGAUGACAGAUAUUCCGUUCGAGCCCAGCGGAAAGAAAUUGACCUGCUCAACAAAGCUUUGUCUGCCAACUACAGCAGCGACAGAUUCGAAGUCGUCGAGGUCGCAGACAUCGCUUCCAGUAUUGUUGGAAUCAUCCAUGCUGCAGCUCCCCUCCCUGGAAGAGUCGACCCAGAGACGGCGUUCAGGAGCAGCAUCGAAGGAUCGCUUCAUAUUCUACGCGAAGCUGUAAAAGCCAAAGUUCCCAGGAUUGUUGCUACAAGCUCUGUAGUAACACAUUCUUUCCCUAAAGGCCCUCUCUGUGUCAACGGUAAUUUUUCGUCUUUCUUUGAUCCGCAUUUUACCCAUUCCCAGAAGAAAUAUGCAGACCUGGCGGUCGUUGAAUUCGCGGAGAAACAUCCAGAAAUAGAUGUUACGCUUGUUGGACCUCCCUUUAAUUACGGGCCCUUCGUCCUGGCCUCGAAUACCUCCUUCCUGAGCCCGACCUCAGCGCUCUUUCCACAAACGAGAGCAACUAUGCGCUCCUUCGACCUGGAAACACUAGAGUCUCUACCGCCUCAGAAGUUUGGCGGAAGAGGUUCGUUCGCAAUAGUGUCCCCGCACAGGUCUUCAUAUAGGGACGCUCUCACGAUCAUCGCGAAAGAGCGCCCUGAGCCCAAGGACCGCCUAAACGAUGCCACCCUCGCGCGGGAGUCUUCGUAUACGUUCCCUGUGGAAUGGCAGAAGAUAGAUGAUGUGCUUGGUUUAAAGCGGAUCCGUUCAUUCCAUGGGACAAGACGGUUUUGCAUACCGUUGAUAGUCAAAAGACGUACUUGCCCUUUUGUGACUGUCGCGACUCGCAUGAUAAGUACGCCGGCUGCUCGGCGUAUAGGUUCCGAUAUUUGUAUCGGGCGAAGAUGCCAAAUAAUUGGCACUGCUAUUUCUACGAAUUGCAGACGACGCCUCAUCCGAGACUUUAAGCGAUUGUCGACGGAUCCUCCUGGUGGCAUCUCCGGGAGCCCAUGUCCAGACAACAUCAUGCUAUGGAACGCCGUUAUAUUUGGCCCAGGCGAAACGCCCUUUGAAGACGGCACCUUCAAACUCCUGCUCACCUUUGACGAAUCCUACCCCAACAAGCCCCCCACCGUCAAGUUCCUCUCACGGAUGUUCCACCCGAAUGUAUAUGCGAACGGCGAGCUCUGUCUAGACAUCCUUCAGAACCGAUGGUCCCCGACUUACGAUGUCGCCGCGAUCCUGACAUCGAUACAGAGUCUUCUGCAUGACCCGAACCCUAAUAGCCCAGCCAAUGCGGAGGCAGCACAGCUAUAUAGGGAAAAUAUGAAAGAAUAUGUGAGACGAGUAAAGGCUACAGUGGAGGAGAGCUGGCUUGAUCCGGAAGAGAAGACGGCGAUGGAGGGUCAGGAGAGUACAUCGGCAUAG